AUGCCACCAAAAAAGAAUCAACAGCCUCAACUGGCAAAGAAGAAAGAUAAUGUCGACAAGACGUUCGGUAUGAAGAACAAGAACAGAUCGACCAAGGUGCAGAAAUUCAUAAAACAGGUGAAUGCCCAGGCUGAUCCACAGAAGGAAGAGAUGAAGCGUAAAAAACUGGAAGAAAAGAAGAGACUUGAGGCACAAGAGGCCGAAAGACGGGCGCUUUUCAACCCAACUGACCAAAGAGUACGUGCUGGCGUGGAUCCAAAGACUGUUCUGUGUGCAAUGUUUAAGAUCGGUAACUGUAAUAAAGGUGCAAGAUGUAAAUUUUCACACGAUUUGAGUAUUGGCAGAAAAGUUGAGAAGAAGGAUCUUUAUCAGGAUGGUAGAGAGGAACGUGAAAAGGAUACUAUGGAUCAAUGGGAUGAAGAGAAAUUGAGAAAUGUCAUUCUAUCGAAGCAUGGUAACCCAAAGACGACCACAGACAAGGUUUGCAAAUUUUUCAUAGAAGCUGUGGAAAAUGGUAAAUAUGGUUGGUUUUGGACUUGUCCAAAUGGAGGUAACAAAUGUAUGUAUAGGCACUCGUUACCAGAGGGAUUCGUGCUGAAGACAAAAGAACAGAAAAGAUUGGAAAGAGAAGCACUGGAAAACCAACCAAAGAUCACAUUGGAGGAAUUUAUAGAGACCGAAAGAGGUAAAUUGGACAAAUCGAAACUCACACCAAUCACAGUUCAAAAUUUUGCCGAAUGGAAGGCAGCAAACAUCUCAAGAAAAAUUCAGGUUGCAAAGCAGAAUGAUAUUAAAAGGAAACUAUCAGGUAGGGAAGUGAUAAUGAAACUAUAUGUCGAAAAUAAGAAGUUCGAUGAGAAUGAUUUCGAAGAUCCAAAUGAAGGUUCGGAAUGGGAUCUUUCAGAAUUCACGAAAGCUUUGAAAAAUGUCGAAAAUUCUAAUGAUAGCGGCAUUAAGGAUUAUGGUGAUGGUAGCAAUCCGACUUUUGAAAUUAGGCCUUUGAAAAGCAACACUGCAUCAGCAUAA